CUUUCCUAAUUACUUUUCACUUUUCCAUUUCAUUGGGAGCACGUCGAACGUAUCAUGCGUCUUGAGAAGUGCUAUUUCUGUUCGUCAACAAUUUAUCCAGGACAUGGAACAGUGUUUGUAAGGAACGACUGUAAACUGUUUAGAUUUUGUCGCUCAAAAUGCCACAAGAACUUUAAGAUGAAGAGAAAUCCUCGUAAAAUCAAAUGGACAAAAGCUUUCAGGAAGGCAGCUGGCAAAGAACUAGCCAUGGAUAGUGCAUUCGAUUUUGAGAAGAAAAGAAACGUUCCUGUGAAAUAUAACCGUGAGCUUUGGUCAAACACAGUGAGAGCCAUAAAGCGAAUAGAAGAAAUCAGAAACAAGAGGCAAGAUCUUCAUAUCGUAAACAGGCUGAAACCUGAUAAGAAAGUCACAGAAGAGGCUGAGAUAAAGGAAAUAAAGCAAGGAAUCACCCUGAUUGGCCCACCAGUUGAAAAGAGGAAACUUGAACGGAAGAUCUCACAAGUUAUGCGAGAACCUGAAAGUAUGGAAACUGAGGGUUAAACGGAAACAUCUAUUGUAACUGCUUUAAUUGGUUGGAAGAAUUAAAGUAUUUAACCAA